AAUUCACCUUCAUUUGUGCUUGGUGGUGAAGAUAACAGAAGAUGGCUGCCCAGACGAAGCAGCUUGGUUGUUCUGGAGUAUCCGAUCUUCUAAAACUCGUCGAAGAAAAUAAGGAUGUAGAGAGCAUCUACAUACUCUUCUGCGGUGAACCUGAUGCUUCAGGUGAAAGCUGGUGUCCGGACUGUGUAAAAGCUGAACCUGUGGUUGAAGCAUGUGUGCAGAAAAUGAAAGACCAAAAUGCCGUUUUCAUCCUUUGUAGUGUUGGAGACCGUGCCAAAUGGAAAGACCCAAAAAAUGAAUUUAGAACCCAUGAGAAAGUGAAAUUGAAGGCCAUACCAACACUGAUCAAAUGGAACUCACCAAAAAGACUUGUGGAGGAAGAAUGUGCAAAAAGCGAUUUGGUUGAGAUGUUUUUUGAGGAAGAAUAAUAAUGAAUAGAAAUCUCUAGAAUAAAUUAUACAUGCAUCUAUGAUAAAGAAACUGCAACCAAAUUAUAGAGUUUAGUUUUUCUAGUAUGUAUUUUUAUUUUAACUAGAAUCUGUUGUACUUAAUGUAAGUUAAAUUGUCAUGAGCCAUAGAAGUCUCAUCAUCUGAAUUCAAGUUUAAUAUUCACAUUAUCAUUAUGCAGUAAUGAUAUCAGAGACAUAAAAUGUCGAAAUACAGCAACAGCCAUGUUCAUAAUUCUGUUAUACUUGACUUCUCAAUUUGUGAAAAUAGCAGAGGUUCUUCUGUGUACUGAUCAUAACACAAAAAGAUGUUUCUUUUAAGUCAACAAUUUUUUUCAAUACAAUGUCUUUGUUAAUUUACAUUACCUGAUAAUAUACAGAUAUUUGACAAUAUAACUAAUUGGUAACAAAAUUAACAUUACUCAAAAAACAGCAAAGAGAAGACGUCAGAUCAGGAAUGAUGCUAAAUGAACAAGAUCAGGACAGGCAUACUCAUUUGACUAAAUAAACCUCUGGUACAACAGAAUUUGAGGAUAAUAUGGAAAAGCACAAGUAUGCUCAGUUUCUGCUUUUCCAUGCUAUGUUCAAAUAUAUAUUAUUCUUUGUGUGUAAGGUAGAAAUAAAUUUAGACACAGCUCAUGAUGACCUCAUCAUUAUAUUAUCAGUAAACUGAGUGGAAAGCUUAGUUUGAGGUAACAUUUCUGUUAUUGAUUUUCCUUUCUAUAAUGAUUCAAUUCCACUUCAAAGGAGUUUUGUCCUUCAUAUAAGGACAUCACCAGUGAUUGUUCUGUUCUA